AUGGCGCACGACUACCAGAAAUUGCAAGGCGACGUACCGCUCGAAGAUCCGACUGCCACCUUCCGAGAACGACGCGCACGAUUGUCUUGGACGAAAACAACUUCGCUGGCUGUCCUCUCCCUUACCCUCGUCAUCACGCUCUGUGUCUACCCGGUCUACCACAUCUUCCACCUCUAUCAAUCACCACCAGCAUGGACAGACUGUGGUUCUUCUCCUUCAGAAGCCCGUUCUCGCGGCUGUUCCUUCGACGCCAUGAGUUUCACCUGGUCUCUGUCCGACUGUUUCGAUGGAGAAUUGACGGAUCAAUUCCUCAGUCAUGCGCAGUGGCGCUGGUACAGCGAGGAAGGCACCGAAAUCGACAGGGAGAGCGUCCUGUCCGGAGAGUACGAGUACUUGUUCGUGAGCGGGGAAUAUCAUGUCGUUCAUUGCACGUUCAUGUGGCGCAAGAUGCACCGCGCGCUGCUUCGUGGCCGGCGUAUCGACAGUUAUCUAGCAAACUACAACCACACAGAGCACUGUGCGCAUCGACUGCAGAAGCAAGAUGCAGCACAGAAGGACGUGAACACGGUUAUUGUGUCGAAGUAUCCGAGUUGUGGGGUUCAUUAA